AUGACUGCAGUUUUCAUGCUCGGUUGGAGGGCUGCCCUCACUGCGGCUAUGCCUGGAGAUGGCGAGGAGAAUUCCAAGCUGGACCGCAAGGGGAGCGUGUUGGAGCUGCUGGAGUGCUCUGCUGACGGGCUGCCCUUGCUGCUGCUAUGCGGGGGGGUGGCGGGGAGAAGUCAAAUCAAAUAUGGACCGCAAAGUGAGCGUGUUCGAGCUGCUGGAGGUUCGGGCAAUGGGGCCGACACGGCGCACGCGAAGAGACUGAUAGCUGAGCGUGCUCGCGCUGACGCGGAAAAGGCUAGAGCUGCGGCGGAGGAGAGGCGCGCGGAGGCUGUGAAAUUGCGCGUCGAGGCGGAAGUAAAGCAGCAGGCGGCGGAGGAGAAGCGAAGGUUGGCAGAAGAAAAGCGGAGGAUCGCGGAGAAGGCCAAAGAGGAGGCGCAAGCUCGGCAGGCGGAUGCGGAGAGCGCGCAGGCUGAAGCGGAGAGGAAGGCGGAGGCAGCAGCGCGGCGGAAAGCGGAGGCGGCGGAAGCGAAGGAGCAGGCGAAUGCGGCGAUGCAGCGCGCGGUGAGUGCGCGGGAGGAGGCAGAUGCGAAGAGAGAGCGCGCGAAGCAGGCGAAGGCGGAGGCUGAUGAGAAGAGGGAGAAAGCUGCGCAAGCCAAGGCAGAGGCAGACCGGAAGCAGGCUGAGGCAGAGCAAGCGAGGGAGACAGCCGAGGCUGCGAGAGCGAAGGCUGUGAGCGGGAGGGAGGUUGCGGAGAAAGCCCAGCAAGUGGCGGAACUGGCGAAGGAGGAAGCGGAGAGGGCGAGGGGCGAGGCGAAGCAGGCUCAGGAGAAGGCGGAGGCUGCUCGGGCUGCUGCGGAGGGGAAGAGGGAAGAGGCGGAGAAGGCGAAGCAGAGCGCGCGGGCGCGUCUGGAGGAGUCUGUGGCGCUGAAGGAAAGGGCCGCUGAGGCGCGAGCUGCGGCGGAAAAGGAGCACGCGGAGCUGGAGAGGCGGAAGGGCGAAGCGGAGAGCGCGCGGGAGAAGGCGGAGGCGCAGAGGAGGGAGGCUGAGGAGAAGAAGCAGCAUGCUGAGAAGGCGAAGGAGGACGCGGAGCGGAAGAGGAUUGAGGCGGAAAAGGCGAAGGAGGAGGCUGGGAGGGCGAAGGUGGAUGCGGAGAGGGCGAGGGAGGAGGCGGCGAGGAGGCAGGAGGAGGCGGAGGGGAAGCGGGGUGAGGCGGAGAGGAAGCAGCAGGAGGCAGAGAGGUUGCGGGAGGAGGCGGAGAAGGGGAGGUUGGCUGCUGAGCAGGCGAGAGCGCAGGCGGAGCAGGCGAGGGAAAGGAAGAAGGAGCUAGAGCUGAAAGCUGCGGCAAAGUGA